AUGGAAGUACAAAAUGCUGAGGAACAUGAGAAUGAGGAAACUCUUGAGGCCUCGGUAAUUGAGAAUGAUACAGAUGUUGGGAAGGAUGUGGAACUGGUGGUUGAAGCUGAAAAGGAUGAGAGUGAUGCUGUGGAAACCUCUACUGGAGGAAAAAGUAAGGAAGAUGAGGACUUUGUAGAAAAUUUAAUGGAUGCGAAACCGGACGAGGCAGGCGUAAAUGUACUGGUGGAGGAGGUAAAGGAAACAGAAAAUGGGACUGUUGAAGAAACCUCUGUUCUUACAUCUGUUGAAGCAAGUUCUUCUGGAAUGAAAAAGGCACAAGGAUUACUGGCAAAGAAGAAAAUCGCUAAGAAGGUAAAGAAGCUGGUAAAAAAGCAAAGUUUAAAAGGCACUGCUGUUCAGGUGGCUGGUGAGGAGAAUGUCACUGUAAAACAAGGUAUUAAUAAGGAUGAACAGAGUGCAGAGCCUUCUCUUGGUGAAAGCGAGAAGAAAAAGAAGGUUAUGGAGUCUGUUGUAGAUUCUUCUGGGAAAGACAAAGAUUCAGAAACUCCUCUUGGAGGUAACGUGAUGGAAGCUGAGAAAGCUAUUGAGGGUUCUGUAGAAGCCCCUGAAAACGUCUUGUCAGUGAAGAAGAAACAACCAAGAAGACUGAGGGGGAAAGCCAAAUUAAGAAAGACUCAAGCAGCACUGUUAAUUACAACCGAAGUUGAUAAAGGGACUAGUGAAGGAGGCCAACAAAAGAACUUUGCUAAAGAAAAUAAGCAGAACCAGUUAACUGAGGAAAAAACUGCCCCGGGUGCAGGCAAUAGACGCAGAAAGAAGAGACAGGGAGAACAGGUUUUAGGUUCAAACAAGAAACAUCAGAAAGAUGAAGUAACUGCUGCUGAUGUACCACAGCAAAGAAUGGAAGAGAGGAAGGAGGAGCUUAUUACCACUGAUAAAAAAGAAAUGGAUGGGCAUGGAAAAGCAAAGAUUGGUGGAUUGAUCUUCAUGUGCAAUGCAAAAACUAGACCCGAUUGUUUUCGGUUUAGUGUAAUGGGUGUACAAGAGAAAAGGAAGGACUAUGUCAUGGGUAUCAAGCCCGGGCUUAAGCUUUUUCUCUAUGACUAUGAUCUCAAACUCCUCUAUGGAAUUUUUCAAGCAUCCUCUGCGGGUGGGAUGAAACUUGAGCGCAAUGCUUUUGGUGGUUCCUUUCCUGCUCAGGUGACGUUGUGUUUAACCCAUGUGCGCUUUAAAGUCGUUAGUGAUUGCAUACCGUUGCCUGAGAGCCAAUUCAAGAAAGCAAUCAAGGAGAACUACAAUAAUAAAAACAAGUUCAAAACAGAAUUAACUCAUAAGCAGGUAUUCAAGCUUAAGAAGCUAUUCCGGCCAGCUACUCUCCCUGCACAACUCACACACACCCUGCCAAUUCCCGUUCCCCGUGAUGCUGACAGGAAAAGAUCUGAAAAUGAUCGUUAUGCUCCUAGUAGCAGCAGGGCGAACCUGACCCACAGACAUGAAAGGAGUUGCAAUGCCGCUCCGUCUCCACCUACUCCACGCAGAGAACCACCACCGCAUGAUUUAUAUCUCAGUGAAAGGGAGUACCGAACAUACGGUUUGAGAAGAGGAGAAACAAGCGAGCAUUACCCAAUUCCGCCUCCUGAUUCUUUUUAUCAUAAUGUCAACCGAGACCGUGUUCCUUUGGAUUCCUACCAUCCAUCUGUGGACCGUGAUCGGCUUUUAAGACAUGCAGAGAUGGAGAGGCAUGACCGUAGAGAAGUUCGAGUUCUUCAUUUGCCUGAGAGAGAUUACCACCCGUAUGACCAUCUAAGCUCGAGACGGGAAAUCCUGGCUCGAAACUCACCUGACCCACCAGCUUCAGCAGUUGCACUGGACUCCUACAGGAGAGACCCGUAUUACAGUUAUGAGUACCGUGCUCCUGAGAGGGCACCAAGGGCAUACAUGGUUUCUCCGAGAAGAGAAGAUGAUGACCUGUAUUCCCGAUAUGUUACAGCAGAUUCAUUGGCCGACUACUACCGAUCAUCACGUAGAUACCCAAGCAUUGCUGUACCUGAGCUUCCGCCUUCAUCAGUAAUAUCCCGGUAUGCUUACUCAGGGUCUUUACCUUAUUCUCACCGCUGA